UCUUUCAUUUUCUAAAUGAAAGGGAUGCUGAUUCACGAGUGCAGAGCAGCUGAAUGAACGGGUUGUUAUCAAAACGUCGAGUAACCCUGUCAAGUCAACACGGGCAUGAAUUAACCGAGAAGGAGACGAAGGAGGAGACGAGUGUGUGUCCUUGUUUCCUAGACAUGGGUGUUUCGUUCUCACCCAUCCCUCACGUUUACUGGCCAACACCCCACCACCCCGCCUCCUUCAUACAACAGAAAAAAAGAAAGAAAAAUACCGGAGGAGGAGGGUGAGGAGAACAUUUAAGUCAAUUAUACACCCGGCUCCCUGCGGCUCCCUCUCCUCCGUCACUGCUGCAGCCGGCGGCUCCGCAUGCGGCCAUCACCGGGGACACCGGCUCCAGUCUGUAGGCAUGUCGGCCGGCGGCUCCGACGGGACGGCGGACCGGCGGGCAGAUCUCGCUGCAGAGGAGGAAGGCCCAAACCAAGCGGGCUCCUCGCUGCCAGCUGUCGAGCUGCCAAGGAAACGGAAGGGAGAUGUGGAGGAGAGGCACAGCGUCGACUUCCAAUUGGAUGAUGACCUUGGCAGAUCCGAGGAAGAGGAUCAGCAAGUCAAAAUAAAAUGCUUCAGAGAGCCCCACCGGCAGAUCGAGAAGCGGCGGAGGGAUAAGAUGAACAACCUCAUCGACGAGCUGGCCGCCAUGAUCCCCGCUUGUCAGCCCAUGGCUCGGAAACUUGACAAACUCACUGUCCUGCGGAAAGCCGUGCAACACCUGAGAGCCCUCAAAGCUGGGACGAGUAGCGCCUUUACAAACACCAACCACAAGCCUUCAAUCCUGCCUCAAGAUGACCUCAGGCACCUUCUGCUCAGGGCUGCUGAUGGUUUCCUCUUAAUUGUAAGUUGUGACCGGGCUAAAGUCCUGUUCAUCUCCGAGUCCGUCGCCAAGAUCCUCAACUUUAGUCGGUUUGAGCUGACUGGGCAGAGCUUGUUCGAUUUCAUCCACCCAAAAGACAUCAACAAGGUGAAGGAGCAGCUGUCGUCUUCGGAGUACCCUCGCCAACGCCUCAUUGAUGCUGCCACUGGGGUUCAGGUCCAGGUGGAUGCCCCCGCCAGGCCGCCCCACUUGUCCACUGGAGCCCGGAGAUCCUUCUUCUGCCGGAUGAAGCACAGUCGGGUGGCGGGGAAGCAGGAGGAUAAACACUUGCUGCCCUGUGCUCCCAAAAAGAAAGACACUCACAGAUACUGUACCCUCCACUGCACUGGAUACAUGCGGAGUUGGCCGAGCAGCCAGCUGGACUCCGAGGGUGACGCAGAGAAGGAAACCUCCAACCUGACCUGCCUGGUGACGGUGUGCCGCCUUCUCACCCACGUUCCCAACCAGCCUUCCAAAGACAUCAACAUCAAGCCCUCUGAGUUCGUCACCCGCUGUGCCAUCGACGGAAAGUUCACUUUUGUAGAACAACAAGCCACGACAGUCAUUGGUUAUUUGCCGCAGGAAGUUCUCGGCACGUCGUGUUACGAGUACUUCCACCAGGACGACUUGCGGCACCUCGCGGAGAAACACAGGCAAGCAGUUCUUCGAAGCAAAGAGAAGAUCGAGACACAGUGCUACAAGUUCAAAACGAAAUACGGCUCCUACGUUUCCCUCCAAAGUCAGUGGUUUAGUUUCACCAAUCCUUGGACCAAAGAAGUUGAGUUUAUCGUGUCUUCAAACAGGGUUGUCUCCAGGGGGCCCGGUCACACAAAAGAUGAGGAGACCGGCGGCUCUAAAGCACUUCAGGAGGACUCAAAGCAGAUACCCAUAAUUCCCGGCCUUUCCAGCGGUGUGGGCACUAUGAUCUAUGCAGGCAGCAUAGGGACCCAAAUUGCUAAUGAGCUCAUCGACUCCUACAGGAUGAACUCCUCUCCAUCAAGUGGAGCUUCCAGUCCGUUUGGCCCGGCCCAGGAGAAAUGUCCACUGGUUUCCCCGCAAACCAGUACAAGUGCUUCGAGCAGAGAGGAGGCGGCUGGCAGUUCUUCACAGUCCCAGUCUGACUCGAGGACAGCAGUGGGCGCCGGCAGUGCAACUUCUGAAAGUUCAGGCGAGCAGUCCCAGCUGGACUUGGACAGCAUGGUGGUGCCAGGCCUGAGCAGUUUCAGCAGCGACGAGGCAGCCAUGGCGGUCAUCAUGAGCUUGCUGGAGACUGAUGUGAACAUGGGUCAAUCGGGAGACUUUGAGGACCUACACUGGCCUUUCUAGGGGACGCACUGACUUUAAGCUCUCACACGCUCUUGUGUUGUUCUCUUACAGAGAACUCAGCUGUUCACUCUGUGGCCGACUGAGCCGGCCUUGCACAAUUGAACCCACUGGCCUCGUUCCAUGUCGCACUUGAGAGAGCCUAACAAGAGUUAAGAGGAAUUAUUGUUACUGUAAUUACCUUGUUGGUCCUCAGCUGAAGGACUGUGAGGUUAGUGUCCCCGGAGCAUGUGGUGGUUCAGUGUCUUCCUCAGUGACACUUCGGCUUAAAGCCAGAUUUUCCACAGCAGAACGAUCGCUCUGCUCGGCCCCCUGUGAGUGACCAAGGUCUGGAGGAGAAUCAGACUCCUGCCAUGUGCAGUGCUGCUAGAGAGACUCCUCAAACCUUUUGACAUCUGCCAAACCUUUGGUACCCAGUGAUGACUUGCAUGUUUCUCAGAUAGUGGUCUGAUUGUUCUAUUAUUUUUUAACUCUGUUUUUUUUUAAAGGUCUGUAAAGUCAUGUUUUCUCAAUAUUGUGUCCAGUAAGAGCUGAAAAAGGCUAAAAAGAAAGUCUAUCCCUUUUUUCUCUUUAGAGAGGACUACACUUAUUAAAUAUGCAAAUAUGGAGAUGCACCACAACCGCUACCACUACCACUACGGGUCUAGUUAUCCUCCAUUUGGAAGAAUUUAGCUCGCACACGCAAACAAACCACAUGUACUGUAUCUUUUAAGAAUUCGAAUGUAAGAAUUCAAGAUGAUUCUAAUGUCUUUGUAUAUGGAAAAUUAUAAGAAAGCAUGUCUGCAUUUGUCAGAACACUGCAACUGCCGUUGGAAAAUGAUUGGGGCAAAAUGUUUUUCUCCACAGAAUUUACAAGAGACUGACAUCUGGCACCAUCAACAUACAAUUUUACCAGCUAGCUUUAACAGCUUUCGGAGCUAUUAGCAUUGAGUACUAACGCUAUCAAAAUCUACCACGGCAAUGUGUUUUAAGGUGGAAUCUUUACUUCGGGAACUGUUUUUAAUGAAAUUAAUACUUGAAUAUUGACUCCUGUUUACAAUAAUGGUCCCAGGUCAAAUAGUUGGCAUGGAAACAUGCUCUACAUUACAAUAAGCUAUAACAAUAUGCAUUUGAAGGAUAUGUCCAAGAUGUCAAACUGAUUUGGCAGUCAAAAGAGCUUAAAAAGAUAAAGAUAGAAGCUAAAGCCUGCGGAUCACAGUGUAAAGUGAACCACUAAGUCACCUGGUGAUCUAGACAAGACAAUGAAAUUACUUUAUAACAAUGUUCCUGUAAAGCAGGGUGGACCUUUAUUCAUUGUGCACCGGGCAUUCAUUAAAAAGCAAAAGCAGCAUGUGUAAACAUUCAGUAGUAUGUGGGAGGGGAGGGACUUAACGAACGGUCAAUCCUGUCUGUGAUGUUCCUUGGAAAAUAGGAGAGGAAGACGAAACUGAACAUUACAUCUUUAGUUUGUAAGUUGAACCCCUUGAUGCA